AUGGACGCGCCCAGCGCCCCCACCUCUCCACCCCGCAGUGCCUCGGCGGUGCCGCCUCCCCAGCGGCCCCCGGAAUGGUGGCGGCCGCCUCCCCCCUCCCCCCCCCCGCGCAGGGCGCAGUGGUUCCGCCUGCUUUACCGCGCGCCGCGCCGGUACCUUCCCCGCUCCCGCGCCGCCCCGGCCCGGCGCCUUCCCAUUGGCCGGACGCCUGCCUCCGUCCCGCCCCCGCCGCCAGCUGAUUGGUCGACGCUCCCGCGUGACGGCCCGGCGGCGUUCCCGAUCUGGCGUUCUCGCUUCACGUAUCCGAGGAGACCCCGCCCUGUGCUUCGGGCCCGCCCCCCGCGGCUCGCUAUUGGGCGGCAGAGCGCAGGCGCCGCUGGCCGUUGGAGUGACGUACCUCUCAGCCAAUGGGGCUUCGACGGCUACGGGCGGCUGGGCGCCCCUCGGCACUGCUCCGCAGCCCCCGGCCCGGCCCUGCCGCCGCCUGCCCGCUCGGGCCCUUCCCCGGGCCGCCUGGCUCGUCCCUGGCUUCUCCCUGCGGCCUGCCAGGGGAGGAAGGUCCUCCGGGAUCCCUGGGCCUUUCUGAGGGGCCUGUGCCCGGGUGGGCCCGCCCUGCACCAGGCCUGUGCCGCGGCUCCCCACAGCGGCUCCCAGCAGCGCUGCGGGCGCUGCUGGCUGUGCUGUGAUGGAAAGCGGGAAGCUUGUACCUGGAAGGCUGGCACCAUAUCUGAAGCGGGCAAGGGUGUGCCACUGGUGCUCAGUGCCUCUCCAAAUGCACCACAUCCGGGAUUUUGGACACAAAGCCCCUCAGCAGCGCAUCUCCUCCAGGUACGCAAACUUUUGACCUUUGUGGGGCCGCUCUGCAGGCCAAGCCACAUGUGUGUGGCUGGGCUCAGGCCGCAGGCAGGGAGCUCAGGGGACUCCCAGGCCUGCCUUGGCCUGGGCUUGGGGUCUGGCCACCCGGGGUCAGCUGGAUCUGGCUCCCUCCGCCCUUGGGGUGAGCACUGGCUACCGGCCCCUUCCUCCCAGGAGGAGGAGGAGGAGGAGGACGGGAUUGUGUGUGAGCGUCCGUUCCAGCUCUUGAACAGCAGCCGGGCUCCUCUGGAGCCGGCAUCCCCAGGAGGGGCUCUGGCCUCGGGGCUCGGCGUUUUAUGGGGCUGUGGAUAGGACGCAGCUGGCUGUGGUCGUGACACACACACCUCAGCGGUGGCCAAAGCCACGCGCACCCCUCCCUCUUCCCCUGGCCGCCCUGAGCCAGCGCUGACGAGGCACUGAGGACUGGGCUGGAUACGGGCUGGGAACAGGAGCCUGGCAGCCCUUGGGGGGCUCUGGCACCCCCAGGCUCAGCCUAGCCCUGUUCCACCUCUCCCAGCACACCCACACAGUCAGGGACCCUCAUCCCUGGCAACUUCCCUGCCAUCCCCGGGUGCCCCCUCCCACCCAACGGGCUCGGGGCCAUCUCCCAACACCAGUGGCUGCCUGCUUCUCCGAGAGCCACAGCUUCCUUCCCGGCAUGGCGUCCCAAGCACAUGGCGUGGUGCCCUCGCCCAGCCAGCGGCACGGGGAGACAGACGGCCACAGCUGGGCUCCUGCUCCCUGCCUGGCAGGAGGGGGACAGGCGCCUGCCGCCGCGGGGCCAAAUGGCUGCUCGGUGCCCUGAGACAUCCCCUGGCUGCGCCCCAGGGGUGUCCCUGAGGAUCUGGGACGGUGCCUUGCCAGCCCCAGCCCAUGCCUCGGAGGGGCUGCAGGUGGUUUGGGGCUAAAACCCUCCCUGUUGCUGGGCUUUCUGGGUCCGCCCCAGCACUUGGGCACUUGACAUCCCCUCUUCUCUCCCUCCUCCAUCUGUGAGGGGCCCGGAGCUUUGGAGCAGCCCUGGGAUAUUGUUACCACCUGAAGAGAGCAAACAGUGCUGGAUGCGGAGCUGGGGGCCAUGGAGGGGCCAGGUGUUGGCCCAGUGUGAGCCGUGCAGCUGUGGAGCUGGAAAACUCACCAGGAACGACCUCGGCACUGCCUUUUGGGGAGGGGACAGGGCAGCGAUGGGCAGCCCCACUGCUGCCUCAGUAGGCAGGACUUGACAGCCCCCCCAGGCUGGCAGCCGCUCCUGCAGCCCCCCCAGGGACAUGAAGGCGGCUUUUCCCAACUGCUCCACGAUGCUGGCGGGGGCUGUUUGCUCUGGGGGGAAACCAGAUACUCUGCACCGCGGCUGGGGGAGUGGAGCAGAGGGGCUGGCCCCACGCUGUGUGGGCAGAGGCAGGGGCGGAGGUGGGGACCCUCUCAGGCACACUGCAGGGGAGCCAGGCUGAGGCACCUUCCCUCCGCGGAGCCGCUCUGGCCGGCUUCCCCGGUGCGAGAGCUUGGGCAGCUCCGUCCUGCACAGGUGCUGUCCCACCAACACCUCUGCAGCCCCCUACCUGCACCCUUGGGGCUGCAGCACCCCCGGAGCGAGUGCCGAGGAGCCCUCCCCGUGGCUCCCAGCUGCUCUGCAGGGCUCACUUCGUCGCCUUCCCCGCAGCCCGCGAGCAGCAGUGGCAUUGCCUGGGCCGGAGCAGUGCACGGAGAAUUCCUCAUCUUAACCAGGGGGCUCUGGACACCACACCACUACCACCCCCCGCCACCCCAGAGCAUGCCAAAUCUGCGACUCCCAGCCAAUAAAUCACCCCGGCAGCGCCACAGUG